AAACAUUUAAUUUAUAAACAUAAUGAAAUUUACAGAGCACUUAAGUGCUCAUAUCACUCCAGAAUGGAGAAAACAAUACAUAAAUUACGAGGAAAUGAAAGCAUUACUUUAUGCAGCAGUAGAGCAAGCACCAGCAGCGGAUAUAACAGAAUCUCACAUAUUGGAACGUUAUUUUAAUAAGUUUGAUGAACAGUUUUUUCAUUAUUGUGAUAAGGAACUGGCAAAGAUAAAUACAUUUUAUUCAGAAAAAUUGGCAGAAGCUACACGUAGAUUUGCAACUCUCAACAAUGAAUUAAGUGAAAUUCUGUCAGUUUCUGAAGAUAGACAAGGAAAUCGCAAAAUCCGUUAUCGUAAUAAUAUUUUGCAUAAAAAACCAGUUUCUGCCCGUAAACUUCAAGAAUUAAAGCUGGCUUUUUCUGAAUUUUAUCUUUUUCUUAUUUUACUUCAGAACUAUCAAAAUCUUAACUUUACUGGGUUUAGAAAAAUAUUGAAAAAACAUGAUAAACUUUUAAAUAUAGAUAUUGGUGCUAAAUGGAGAGCAGAACAUGUAGAUACUGCAUUAUUUCAUACACAUAAAGAUAUUGACAGGCUUAUUGCAGAAACAGAAGCCUUGGUUACCAGAGAUUUAGAACAUGGGGAUAGACAGCGUGCUAUGAAACGUUUGAGAGUACCGCCUCUUGGAGAACAGCUAUCCCCAUGGAUUACAUUUAAAGUUGGACUAUUUUCAGGAGCCUUUGUUGUUCUUCUCAUAGCAGUAAUUCUUUCAGGUGCACAAUAUAGGAAUAAUAAUAAUUGGCGAGUUUUAUGUAGAUUAUAUCGUGGACCAUUACUUAUGAUUCAAUUUCUUUUCCUUAUGGGUAUAAACGUAUAUGGUUGGAGAUCUUCCGGUGUAAAUCAUGUCUUAAUAUUUGAAUUGGAUCCUCGAAAUCAUUUAUCAGAACAGCAUAUUAUUGAAAUGGCAAGUGUAUUUGGCUUGGUUUGGUCUUUAUCUAUUUUGGGAUUUUUGUACAGCGAAACGUUGGGUAUACCACCAUUUGUUCAACCUAUUUUACUUUAUACACUAUUGGCUGUGUUCUUAUUUAAUCCAACGAAGACGUUACGAUACGAGGCUAGAUUUUGGGCGCUUCGUGUACUAGGCAGAAUAUUUUGUGCCCCAUUUUUCUAUGUCGGAUUUGCCGAUUUUUGGCUUGCCGAUCAGCUUAAUUCUUUACAUACAGUCUUUUUAGAUUUUCAAUAUUUUGUUUGUUUUUACGUACAAAACUCAUCGUGGACCGAUGUCACUGAUGCAGAAACUUGUAUAAUGCGAGAAUUGUCCAUGAGACCUUUUGUAGCUUGCUUACCAGCGUGGUUUCGAUUUGCACAAUGUCUGCGACGGUACAGAGAUACAAAAGAGGCUUUUCCACACCUUGCCAAUGCAGCAAAAUAUGCUACCAGUUUUUUUGUUGUAGUUUUCUCGUAUUUACACUUAACUAAUUCUAAAUACUAUGUGAUGUCCACAGAAAAUCCAUAUUUUUACUUAUGGAUAACUGCGAGUAUAAUGAGCUCUUGUUUCGCGUAUACUUGGGACGUGAAAUUGGAUUGGGGAUUAUUUGAUAGUAAUGCAGGAGAGAAUAAAUUUCUUAGAGAGGAAAUCGUUUAUUCUUCUCCGUAUUAUUACUACUUUGCAAUAAUCGAAGAUUUUGUGCUCCGGUUUGGUUGGGCAUUUUCUUUAUCCCUUACGGAGAUGGGAUAUGUUCAUGCAGAUUUAAUGGUUUCUAUAGUCGCACCACUGGAAGUGUUCAGGAGAUUCAUAUGGAAUUUUUUCCGUUUGGAAAACGAGCAUCUCAACAACUGCGGUAAAUUUAGAGCAGUCAGAGACAUAUCCGUUGCGCCGGUCGAUUGUUCCGAUCAGACGCAAAUAUUAAGGAUGAUGGACGCUUCGGACGGGGUAGUUAAUCGAAAGAGGAAACAGAAAAUGAUGGAUAAAAAUAAAUCAUUACGUGCGUCUUCCAAAUGCGAAUCUCUGGUUUGUGAUCUAGGCGCUUAAACGAAACGACGUACGUUUGUUUCGCUAGAAGUGAAUGUUAAUCAUUAUGUUAUGUAUAAAUGUAAAGAAAUCGAUGCUAGUCGUUAAAGUACAAAGUAUAUCAGAGUGAUUCUUUAAACCGUGUUAAAUAUGAAAAAUGAAUAAUGUUUUAAUCUGUAAUAUUCUAUCUUGUUGUAAGAUUAUACGUGUUAUACUUCUUGGCAUCAUGUGAAUUCAAAUUUCCCGCGUUGUGCGGCACAGAGUAACAAGAAUCGACAUUUUCGAGAUCUUCAUCGAUAUACUCACGCACAGUAGAUUUGAAUUUAAAAAAGCUGCGAUCGAAACUUCGUAUAAACGAAUACGAAUUUCUUUUUUAAUUGUAU